AUGGGCACCAACAACUUUGUAACAAAGCUUUAUCAGUGCGUUCAAUUAACUCUUUCAUAUCUGUCAUUCAACAUCUACAGGAUGAUCAACGAUCCAAAGAGUCAGCUUUUCAUCGCAUGGACUGAACUCGGAACAAGUUUCGUCGUUUCAAACGUAGGCGAAUUCAGCAGGAGCAUCCUUGGUUCUCAUUUCAAACACAACAACUUCUCAAGCUUUGUGCGCCAACUCAACAUGUACGGCUUUCACAAAAUCAACCGAACACCACGCGCCCAACGCACAUCUACAACGUCUCAAACUUGGGAAUUCAGUCAUCCCAAAUUUCUCCGCGCACGCCCAGACCUCUUGGACGCCAUCAAACGCAAAGCUCUUGAGCCUGAUCCUCGCGAGCGUGGCCGGUAA